AUAUUACUUAUUCUUCAUUAUAUAUACAAUAUAUAGAAGCAAUAGAAAAUACUGAUCAAUAUGAAAUAAGUUUAUCAACAUUUAGUAGAAUUUGGAAAAAGUUUUUGCCACAUAUUAAAAAAUUAACACCACGAAGUGAUUUAUGUCUAAAAUGUAAAGAUAUGUGA